UUUUUGGUCUGCUACUCUGCUCUGCUCCCUCCUUAUUCAUCAAUGCUCAAUUUUUCUCUCUCCAUUUUCACACCAUUCUCUCUCCUUUAUUGGCUCCCUUUACUUGAGAUAUACAGUGGGUCCCUCUUCAAUUUUCUUUUCUGGGUUUCUAAAUUGCUUAAAGUGGGUUUAACACUCCAUUAUCACUCUUCCUUACAAAGUCAUUGUCUGUCCUCUAUUUCCUCCUCCAUCCAAAUAUUUUAGCUACACUACAAAUUUUCAUUUUCUGGGUUUUUUUUAGCUUGGAAAUUUAACUAGUGGGUUUUGUUGAAUUUCGCUUUUUAUUGUGUUUUUCCACUGUUAGUGAGAUAAAAACGAAGAAUUUGAAGAGAAAGAAGAUGGCGGGAGGAGGAGCUGGUCCGCAACCAAAGCAAGAUGAGUUACAACCACAUCCAGUGAAAGAUCAGCUUCCUGGUGUUUCUUAUUGUAUUACUAGUCCACCACCUUGGCCUGAGGCUAUCUUACUUGGAUUUCAGCAUUACUUGGUGAUGCUUGGGACAACUGUGCUCAUUCCCACCUAUUUGGUUCCCCAGAUGGGAGGAGGAAAUGAAGAGAAAGCUAAGAUGAUUCAAACCUUGCUAUUUGUUGCUGGUUUGAACACUUUGUUCCAGUCCUUGUUCGGUACACGUUUGCCAGCUGUAAUUGGGGGCUCUUAUACCUACGUUCCCACCACAAUUUCUAUUGUUUUGGCUGGUCGCUAUAGUGGUAUUGUCGAUCCUCAGGAGAAAUUUAAUAGGAUAAUUCGAGGAAUUCAAGGCGCCCUCAUCGUUGCUUCAACCCUACAAAUUGUUCUUGGAUUUAGUGGUUUGUGGCGUAAUGUAGUAAGGUUCUUGAGUCCAUUGGCUGCUGUUCCUUUGGUAGCCCUUACUGGAUUUGGCUUGUAUGAGUUGGGCUUUCCUGGGGUUGCAAAAUGUGUUGAGAUAGGACUGCCACAUAUUAUCCUUCUACUUAUCUUUUCACAGUACAUACCUCAUCUGAUGCGCGGUGAAAGGCAUAUAUUUGACCGUUUUGCUGUUCUGUUCUCUGUGGUGAUUGUGUGGAUUUAUGCUCACAUACUUACAGUUGGAGGUGCUUAUAAGCACAGGUCACAAACAACUCAACUGAGCUGCAGAACUGACCGUGCUGGAAUUAUAGGCGGUGCUUCAUGGAUAAGUAUUCCAUAUCCAUUUCAAUGGGGAGCUCCAACUUUUGAUGCUGGAGAAGCAUUUGCAAUGAUGAUGGCAUCAUUUGUCGCCCUUGUGGAGUCUACUGGUUCCUUCAUUGCGGUAUCAAGAUAUGCUAGUGCAACUCCUGUGCCAGCUUCUGUUCUUAGCCGUGGAAUUGGUUGGCAGGGAGUAGGCAUUCUUUUGUCCGGACUAUUCGGAACUGGGAAUGGUUCAUCCGUAUCUGUGGAGAAUGCUGGUUUGCUGGCACUGACACGUGUUGGCAGCCGAAGGGUGGUACAGAUUGCAGCAGUUUUCAUGAUCUUCUUUUCUAUACUUGGUAAAUUUGGCGCUGUAUUUGCUUCAAUCCCAGCACCUAUGGUGGCAGCUUUAUAUUGCCUGUUCUUUGCAUAUGUUGGUUCAGCAGGUCUCAGUUUCCUGCAAUUCUGCAACUUAAACAGCUUCAGAACAAAAUUCAUCCUCGGUUUCUCUAUUUUCAUGGGAUUGUCUAUACCACAAUACUUCAAUGAGUACACAGUCGUGAAGGGAUAUGGUCCAGUUCACACACAUGCCAGAUGGUUCAAUGACAUGAUAAAUGUGCCUUUCUCGUCGGAACCCUUUGUUGCUGGACUGUUGGCUUUUUUCUUGGAUGUCACACUGCGUAAGAAAGACAGUGCGAUAAGGAAAGAUCGGGGGGUGAUCUGGUGGGACCGAUUCCGAUCAUUCAAGUCAGACACAAGAAGUGAAGAAUUUUACUCCUUGCCCUUCAACCUUAACAAGUUCUUCCCAUCUGUGUGAAUUUUCCAGGAGAACAGAAACAGAUCGAAAAUCGAAAGUAAAAAAAAGAAUGGGAAAAUCUGGCCUAAUAUUUUUUUUUUUCUGAUUGCAAUGUUCAUAGUUUUAAUGCUGCAGACCUCUAGCCUUAGCUGUGUAGAUGAGAAAAAUUGGAAAAAAGAAGGAAAAUUUAUAUAUAGCAUUUUUGCUCAAAUGAUUGUCGUACUUUGGUUCAGAUUAAUCAAUUGCAUUCCAAGAAUUGUAUGGUUUGCCCC